UCCUCCCCCCCCCUCUCUCUCUCUCUCUCUCUCUCUCUCUCUCACACACACACACACACACAUUGUUUGUGUGUGAAGAGUUUCUUUGAAGCCUCACACCACAGAUGUUCACCUACAUUUCCGAAUUGGGUUUCAAUUCUUGAACCCAUUUCAGCUUCAGCUUCACAUUAACGGCUCUCAAGUUCAAAAAGCUCUGUGGUUUUCCGGUGGACAGAGGUGGGGUUUACCGGCGGUUACGGUGUAAUCGGAUCUAUGGAUUUUGUUUUCUUCAAGUGGGGUCCGCCAGAUCAGAUGGAUACAUCAACGGUUUGUCUGGUCUUAUCACUGGUAGCAGCUUAUAUGCUAUGGUUUGUUUCGAUCACACGGUCACUCAAGGGUCCACGUGUCUGGCCUUUAUUGGGCAGUCUACCGGAACUCAUCCGGAACGCUAAUCGCAUGCAUGAGUGGAUUGCUGACAACCUUCGCGCGUGCGGCGGCACGUACCAGACUUGCAUAUGUGCAAUUCCGUUUUUAGCCCGCAAGCAAGGUCUCGUGACUGUCACGUGCGACCCCAAGAACCUGGAGCAUAUACUGAAGCUACGGUUCGACAAUUACCCCAAAGGCCCCACCUGGCAGUCUGUGUUCCAUGAUCUGCUUGGUGAGGGGAUCUUCAACUCUGACGGUGACACAUGGCUGUUCCAGAGAAAGACCGCCGCACUGGAAUUCACCACCAGGACACUCCGUCAAGCCAUGGCUCGGUGGGUGAGCCGAGCCAUUAAGCUCAGGUUCUGCCCAAUUCUGAAGACAGCUCAGCUCGAAGCAAAGCCAGUUGAUCUCCAAGACCUCUUGCUUCGGCUCACUUUCGAUAACAUAUGCGGCUUGGCUUUCGGUAAGGACCCACAAACUCUCUCUCCCGGGCUUCCGGCGAACAACUUCUCGUCGGCUUUCGAUCGAGCCACCGAAGCCACAUUGCAACGGUUUAUAUUGCCCGAAAUCAUAUGGAAGCUGAAGAAAUGGCUUCGGCUCGGAAUGGAGGUCAGCUUGAGCCAAAGCCUCAAACACGUGGACGAGUACCUGACUGACGUCAUCAACACACGUAAGCUCGAGUUGCUGAGUCAGCAGAAGUCUGGGACCCCACAUGAUGACUUGUUGUCUAGGUUCAUGAAGAAAAAGGAAUCAUAUUCAGACACAUUUCUCCAACACGUGGCUCUCAAUUUCAUCCUAGCUGGACGUGACACGUCAUCGGUGGCUCUGAGCUGGUUCUUCUGGUUGGUCAUUAAAAAUCCAAGAGUUGAAGAGAAAAUUUUGACUGAACUCUGCACCGUUCUGAUGGCGACACGGGGCAGCGACACCUCCAAGUGGUUGGAUGAUCCAUUAGUCUUUGAAGAAGUUGACCAAUUGAUGUACCUUAAAGCUGCAUUAUCAGAGACUCUUAGGCUUUACCCAUCGGUGCCCGAAGAUUCCAAGCAUGUUAUCACCGACGAUGUCUUGCCGGACGGUACGUUUGUCCCGGCAGGGUCGGCCAUCACGUAUUCGAUAUACUCAACGGGCAGAAUGAAGUUCAUUUGGGGCGAAGAUUGCCUAGAAUUCAAGCCAGAAAGAUGGUUCUCUCUGAAUGGUAAGAAAUUUGAAGUUCAAGACUCCUACAAAUUUGUUGCAUUUAAUGCUGGCCCAAGGAUUUGUUUGGGUAAGGACUUGGCUUACUUGCAAAUGAAGUCCAUAGCGGCGGCGGUGUUGCUCCGCCACAGGCUCACGGUGGCGGCCGGCCACCGGGUGGAGCAAAAGAUGUCAUUGACAUUGUUCAUGAAAUAUGGGCUCAAGGUUGAUGUGCACCCUAGAGACUUGACUCCCAUGUUGGCCAAAAUUGGGAAAGAGUGCAUGGGUGAGUCACGUGCCAAGGAGGCUCUCAGUAACGGUAACUGUCAUGAAGAGGUUGCCAGGGUUGCUUAGGGUUUGGUUGGGCCUGUGAUCAACUUGUGAAGUUUGAUGCUUUAGAUGAUUUUAAAUUAUGAUAAGAGUCACAUGUCUGUCAUGAUUAUUCGUGACAGGCACUUCCAUGACCACUUGACCAUGCCAAUUAUAGGACUUAAUUCAUAUGGUUCAAAGUAAAGUUGAGUGUCUGUCGCGUUGGAUCAUGACAGCGCCCUGUCAGUUUCAUUAUGCUCGAGUGCUUUUAAUAGGAAAUUAUACGUAACUUGUUUCUUUUUUUUUUUGUCCUAUCUCGCAGGUUAGUAUAUAUGUACUGUAUUAAGAAAUAAAAACCAAAGAUUAUUGUGUCCAGUCAAAUUUGAAAGCAAAAUCAAUACAUACAGAUGUAUGAUCGUAUAAUAUCCGCAUUGUAGGCCUCUAAGUGGGUUCGCAUUCAUACUCAUACAAUAAAAGAUAAUUACGUGUGGUUGGAUUGAUUUUUA